AUGGUAGCAAACGGCCCGUUUCCCAAUCUUGGCACAAAUUAUUUAGCCAAUAACAAUCGUAGCAGCGACGAAAAAGCAUUAAAAAAUAUUAUUAUGAGUUUACCAACAGAUCUUCUUCAUCCGAUUGAAUCUUGGUCAAAACAAGAUGUAUUAAAAUGGAUUCAAUGGUGUGUUGAAGAGUAUGCUCUGGGAGACAUUAAUGUAAAUGAUUAUGAAAUGAAUGGUAAAGCUUUACUACUCCUUAAUGAAGAAAGUUUUAAACAACGAUCUCCUCGAUGUGGCGAUGUUCUUCACAAAGCGUUACAACAACAUAUUUCCAUUAUAAAAUCUUUCAGUUGUCAAGCUUUUCAAUAUCAGUUAUGGAAUAGUUAUCAUCCGCUUCAUCCAACCCGUCGCCUAGGUGUAAAUAUUCCUUCAGCAACACCCACUACAACAACGUUUCCUCCAACAAAUCAACCUCUAACACAUGGUCAUUUGAAUACGCAUCCAGCAUUUAAUUUUCUCAUACCACGUUCGUCUGCAUCACCAAUUUCAACCAACAGCAGCGAAUCCCUUCAUCAUAAUAGCUUAUUUCGACCCGGUUCAACUUCAUCCAUAUAUUCUUCUCAUCCGUCACCAACGCUUCAUCAGUCAUCUCUUACGCCUGUUCAAUUGACACUAUUAAAUUGUACCGCAUCACGUUCAAGAGCACCAUCAUCAUCACACAAUGUUACCACAUUAACUUCUCCAUCAAUUAACGAAACCCAAUUACUUCAAAAGACUUUAUCAUUAGACUCAUUAAAUCAAGAUCAAAAUCAAGAUGCAAGUUUACGUUAUAAAGAUUUUGUAAAUCAAAAACAUUCUUCCGGUAAACUACAACGAUGCACAGAAAUCAAUACCGUUAACUCAUGUGUUUUGGGUAACAAUGAUCUUCAAAAAACAAUUGAGAAAAACGGUAAUUCACCAACGAGAACAACAAUACGACAUGAUUCUAAAACAAUUCCGCCUAUAGACAUUACAACAUGUUUCGUUAAAACUGAGCAAACUGAUGAUAUUUCUGACCAACUGGAAAAUAAUAAUAAUCAUAUUAAAAGUGAAGAUGAAGAAGAAUUAGAUGUUGAAAAAUCGCCAUUAGACUGCAGUCUUGACACAUCGCUUAAAAAUUUGCUCUCCUCACCAUCUCUCUCACCAUCUCCAUCAACAACAACAACAUCAGUAUUGAAUCAAAUCAAAUAUAAUUGUGCAUUGCCCGAAUCACAUAAUGGAGCAGAUACCAUCGAAUUGAUGGGUGAUAAUAUGAUUGAUACGACGAAAAUAUAUAGUGAUAAAACAAGACACAUUCGCUAUUAUCACGAUAAAAUUGAUUUUCGUGGUGAUAUCCUCCAUAAACCAUUAGCAGCAAAAAAUUGUCGAAUAUUAUGGGAAUUUUUAUAUAUUCUACUAGAAGAUCCGCUUUAUGAGUCAAUUAUACGAUGGGAAAAUCGAGAGAAGAUGAUAUUUCGUAUUAUUCAAGCGGAUAAGUUAGCAGCAUUAUGGGGUUUACAAAAGAACCGUUUAAGCAUGACAUAUGAAAAAUUAAGCCGUGGUAUGAGAUAUUAUUACAGUAACAAUAUUAUUCAGAAAGAACAAUCAAAACGACUUUUGUAUAGAUUUAUGCGUUCACCAGAUGAAAUACGAAAAAGUAUGAAACGAAAUGGUAAUAGUAAUCCGUCAUGGAAUAUAGCAAAAAAGGCAAAAAAUGAUAUUGAACAAGAAACCAAAUGUGGAUCAGAAAGUGACGAUGUACCAUCGCCAAAUCGGCCUAAAUCAGAGGAAUGUGUUCAAGAUUCUAUUCUUCAUAAUGGAAAUAGCCGAGUGUUACCAACUACCCCAACGUCGUUACUACCACCCUCAUCAUCAUCAUCAUCAUCGUGCAGUCCACCCAAUGUCUUACAAAUGUUUUAUCCACAAUUGUAUGCCCUGAAUCCAUUAUUAUUUGCACGUUAUUACCCACGAAAUAAUCUUCCACAAUUUUCAUCACACGUUAAUAAUGUUAUUUCAUCAUCCUCAACAACAGCUAAUGGUCAUCAUGGACACAUUGAGAAACAUAACACUAUUAGCAGUAUUAUCUCAAGUUCAAAACAUGAACUAGUUUCUCAAACAUGUGACGACAAUGAUAAUACCACCACCACUAAAAUGAUAUUAAAUCAAGACUUAUCAUUAGAAGAUGGACUUUUAACGACUCUCAAACGUAAACAAUCGUUAUCAACCGAAAACAAGCAUGUAGUUGUUGAUCAACAAUCUUAUAUAAACGAUAGUAAUAAUCAUGACUCAUCGGAACCACUCGAUUUAGCUGUUAAAGAUAAAGAUCGAAAAAAACAAAAGCAUGCGUCUCAUAUUGUCAAUGGAACUCAUGAGAUGAACAGUUUAGAAAAUAUGUGA